AUGACUGCGACUUCGCUGCCACCGAGCUGCGGCGAGGCGACAGGGAUACCAGGCACACCUUCUGUGGGGUGCGUGGCGGUCCUGCAGUACGCUGUCGACACGGUCGGUGGCUUCUCCUGCUGCGUGGUCGCCACGCGCGAGGCGGUGUACCUUUUAGGGCCUGAUCUCGAGAGUUCUGACGGCUCGCUCGCAUCAGUGCGACUGUGGCGUCCCCACGCUCAAACAAACGCUGCACGCAUAUCAUCGCUUGUCGCAUUUCUCCUGCGGCCAGCAGCACACAAGGUACAUGGGACUCUUUGCGAAGAGGGCGUCGUCGCUGAAGAGGUGUGCGCCAUUGUUGCGUGGGAGAGCGAUGGUGGGUGCCAGCAACACAUCACGGCCCUCUUCUUCCCACUGGUAAGUGUGCUGUCUGCAGUGGAAAGUGCCCCUUUCACGGUGAAUGAAACGUCAUUUGUUCAAGCGAGAAACCAGCAACGUCUCCUGCGUCUUUUUUAUCAUCCACUUUUCACCGGCGCGUCCUUCACAAGCGAUCAUGUUGUGCUCUGCAGUUGCUACGAUGAAACGGUGCGGAAGGAUGCGCGCCUUACGCAUAAUGAGGAGCGUAACCGGCAUGUUCUCACACCAGGAGAUCCCCGGGGUGUCUUUUCAGGUGUUUUAUCCUUCGUAGUUUGCAGCGAAGUGCCAAACGACGCAUGCAAAUGGAAUGUGGAGUGGUUCGCCCAAGCACCCACAAGUGUUACAUCAUGGCUGGCACACUGUCACACGGAUGGUGUGGUUUGCGCCGUGGCAGUUCAGCAGGCUUUAUCGCACGUCAUCAUCGCGCUAGGAAUGACGAACGGUCGCGUUGUUCUUUUCCAUGAGGACGGGAGGCGUCUGCCAUACCGAUUUGGUGGUCCUAUCGCAGAUCUUGCCUUUGUUUAUCCUUGGGGUAUUCACAACAAUGAGAGAUAUCGUAACCCUGUUGUGAACCAGUUUCUGCAACACCAGCAAAGAAAAGAAAAGUCUAGUUUGGAGGUCUCUUCACCUGUAACAGAAGAAGCUGUAGGUGUGUUAAGUCUUGUCAUCCUUGACAGCUUGGGGCGUGUGGUUAUUCUUUGCGAUGUGAACGGGGGUACACCAAAGAUGCAGGUUGUUCCAGACAUUCAGCAGUUCAUCACUCUGGCGAAGCAUCGAGUGUCAUGCCUGAGCAACCCAAACCACAACACUGGUGAUGUUGAGGAAACGGCUGGUGUGCGUCCAGUAACCAUGAGCUCAAAGAAUUUUUUUGAUCUCUCCUCACUCCGCCUUUUCUUCCAGCGCCGCAAGCAGAAGGAUACCCCACUGGACUUAGCAGGGGAGAAAGUGAAUCGCACACCAGCAGGCGAAGCGGAAGACACCAAGCGGUCAUCGCGUGAUCGUAAAGAUGCGCUGCUCGCAGGUCACAUCCUUAGUCGCGGCCUUCUUAGCCUUGCUUUAGCGCCCGUUUCACAGGGACGCGUGGAGCUCGUAGUCAGCACUAUGGGUCAGUCUAUUGUGUCCAUACCUUUUGAUAAGAAUGAAGGUGUGUUCUCUAUUGCGGGCUUUAUUGUGGCACCAGAGCCGAUGUUUUUUGUCGGCUUUGUCGAUUUCUUUAACACUGGGGUGGCGGAGCUUGUGAUGACGGGAAUGCACCACGUCCUUGUCGCGAGGCGAUCGCGUCACCAGCUGAUGGAAAGGGCGACGCUCCUGCUGCGCCUCAUGGAGAGUGGGGAGGCUAGAAGUUCCACGUCAGAGGAUCCUGUAGAUUCGUAA